AUGGAGCAAGGCACAAAAAGGAGAAAGCUCUCCAGCGGGAGCUAUGAAGCCGUCUCUCCCGCGGUCAGCAAUACAAAUACUACAGCGCAGGCGGCUGCGUUGUCGGCGGAGGAUCAACAACCCACAAAGGACCAUAGAAGAUCCCUCUUCGUGCGGUCCCUGCCAGCUUCAGUGACGACUGAGCGACUGACUGAGUUCUUCUCGGAAUUGUUCCCAAUCAAACACGCCACAGUGGUUCUUGACCCGCAGACAAAAGUGUCGCGAGGGUUCGGGUUCGUGACAUUCGUCGACGCAGAAGAUACACAGGCUGCAUUGGCACAGUUCAACAACGCCGUGCUGGACGGACGGAAAAUCAAAGUCGAGAUCGCCGAGGCACGACACAGGGAUACUGAAGACGCAGCCGUGGCCGGAGCAGAAGGUACCAAAAAGAAGGGCGGGAAAAACAUCACGGCCGAAAAGAUACGCGAACAGAUCCAAAAGAGCCGGGCUGAGGUGCAGCCGCCGAGGUUGAUUGUGCGAAACCUCCCUUGGAGUAUCAAGGAUGGAGAUGACCUGGCUGCUCUGUUUCGCAGCUAUGGCAAAGUCAAGCAUGCUGUCGUGCCGAAAAAGGGGCCUCGGGUCCAGUAUGGGUUUGGGAUUGUCGUUCUUCGCGGGAAGAAGAAUGCCGAGAAGGCUAUUGCCGGCGUUAAUGGCAAGGUUGUCGAUGGGCGAACUCUUGCUGUUGAUUGGGCUGUUGAUAAGCAAACUUGGGAAGAACUGCAGCAACAACAGCAACAGCAGCAGGGGGGAACGACUGACACUAGACAAGCUUCUGAAGCAGAAGAGGGCAAUAAAGUGCAGGACAAUGCCAAGGCGGACGGUAUCACGGCUUCUGAAGGAGCCGACUCGGAUGAGGAAGAUCUACAAGAGGAGGAGCACAUCCACGACGAUGAUGACACGGAUGCAAGCGACGACGGCUCCGAUGAAGAUGUAUCUGACGAGUUAGACGCUGAAGAAGAAAAUGAUGAAGAUCUAUCCGAAGCAGAGUCCGAUGAGGGCGACCGCAAUCGAGAUACGAGGAACGACAGCACCGUUUUCAUCAGGAACCUGCCGUUCACAGCGGACGACGACAUACUGAAAGAACACUUUUCACAGCACUUUGGGCCCGUGCGAUACGCACGCGUGGUCUAUGACCCAGAAAUAGAGCGAUCAAGGGGCACCGCCUUUGUAUGUUUCUUCAACCAGGAGGAUGCGAAAGAGUGUGUCAAGAAUGCACCCAAGCACGAGUCUCCCGGGGACAAGGCCGCGGACAACAACAGCAAGAAACGCAAGGCCGAGACGCUCAAACAUUCGAUCCUGCAGAACGAGGCGUCCGACCCGUCCGGCAAAUACACCCUGGACGGCCGUGUCUUGCAAGUCUCGCGUGCGCUGAGCCGCGAAGACGCCAACCAAAGAGCCAGCGAAGCCAGUGAGAAGAGAGACAUUCGCGACCGCGACAAGCGGCGCUUGUAUUUGCUGUCCGAGGGUUCCAUCUCCAAGUCGUCCAAGCUGUACGAGCUGCUGGGCAAAGCCGAGAUUGACAUACGCGAGACCAGCCAGCGCCAACGGCAGCGGUUGAUCAAGAGCAAUCCCAACCUGUGUCUCAGUCUGACCCGUCUGAGCGUACGAAACAUCCCUCGCGGCAUUGGCAGCAAGGAACUCAAGGCCCUUGCGCGAGAAGCCGUGGUCGGGUUCGCCAAGGACGUCAAAGAAGGGCUCCGGCAGCCCUUGAGCAAGGAGGAACUAAAGCGGGGUGGAGAGGAGAUGCGAGAGGCCGAACGGCGACGCAAACUCGCCGGGAAAGGUAUCGUCAAACAAGCCAAGGUGGUGUUCGAAAACAAGGAGGGCAGCAAGGUCAAGGAAGGCGCCGGCAGAAGCCGUGGCUACGGGUUCAUCGAGUAUGUCACACAUCGCAACGCGCUGGCCGGCUUGCGCUGGCUCAACGGUCAUUAUGUGAAAGCCCCCAACUCCGGCGGUGAGAAAGGAAAGCGCCUGAUUGUCGAGUUUGCCAUCGAGAACACUCAAGUGGUCCAGCGGAGGAAUGAGCGAGAGCGGAAAUUCAAGGAACUGGGACCCAAACCCAAAGACGGCCCGGACAAGGAGCACGCCGGCGGAGUCGGCAGGUCCGCGUCCGAACGCAAGGACAGGAACUUGAAGCGAAAGAGGGACGGCAAGAGUAAUGGAAAGACUCAGGCCACGCCCGCCGGAGCCGGAGCUGGGGCCGCAGCAUCUGCAGAGGCAUCGAAAGAUGUGGACGACGAGGAGAAGAAUCGGAUUGCGAAACGCAACCGCAUCAUUGCGAAGAAGCGCCAAGCCAGGAAAGCCCGCAAAGGUUGA